GACAAUGACGUCAUAUCCUGUUUGUGUGGCGAUCGCCAAGCUGUAUCGAAAUAACAUCCACUAAAAUCUAUUUUUGUUAUAUUACAAAAUAUCAUACAGACGUUGUCAUAUUGUUCUCAAUAAAAGCUGGAGCUAACCCAAUAGGAAAAUUAAACUAUUGUUUAUCCGUUUGAAUAAACCAAAAAGAUAUGAAGUUGUUUUCUUUAUCUGUAUCGUAUAAAUCACCUGAUGGAAAAGUUCAGCAACUUAAAUGUGCCCAUGAACUUUCUUCCUUUGGUUAUUUCCAGAGAGGAAGCAUCAGGGAGUUUAUGGAAUUUACAAGUAAGAUUAUAGUUGAAAGAACAGCAGUUUGUUCAAGGGCAUCUGUUAAGGAACAAGAUUAUAUAUGUCAUGUAUCAGUCCGCAGUGAUAAUUUAGCUGGUGUUGUUAUAGCAGAUCAUGAAUAUCCUCAGCGUGUUGCUCAUACAUUAAUUAAUAAGGUUUUAGAUGAAUUUAGUUCAAAGAUUUCCAAACAACAAUGGCCAGUUUUAAAAGAAAGUGAAGUCAAUUUUACCACAUUACCAGACUACUUACAGAAAUAUCAGAAUCCUAAAGAAUCUGAUGCUAUGACUAGAAUACAGUCAGAUCUGGAUGAAACUAAAAUUAUCUUGUACAAUACGAUGGAAUCAGUUUUACAAAGAGGUGAAAAACUGGAUGAUCUAGUAGAAAAAUCUGAAGGUUUGAGCACCCAGUCAAAAACAUUCUAUAAAACAGCCAAGAAGACAAAUUCCUGUUGUGUAAUAUUAUGAGCCUAUGAUUAUUUUAUUUCCUCCAUUUCUCUAUCAAGUUUAAGAUAUCAUGUCUGGUAGUUGUCUGUAUCAGACAAAUAUAUUAUAAAUUACCAAAAACUAAUAAAACAAACAAGUCAACAAUCUUGGCUUAGUUGAACAAACAGGUCAAUAAUCGUGGCUUACUAGAAGCCUUUUGAAAACCCUGGUGUAUUCAAAUUGCUCUUUUUGCUAAUACUAAGCUUUGAAGUAUGAUCAUAUUACCAAAUCUUUCAUUGAAUUGCAAUGUUUGUGUACAUAGAGUAUGUAUGUACGAGUUAAAUAUAGAAUGAACACAGUUGUGUUUAGGUUUGUCGUCUUGAUAAAUAGUGUUUUCUUCUGACUUCAUUUGAAAUUGUAGCAAUUUUUAUUGGAACUGAUUUGAAAACUUACAAAUUUGAAAACUUUACCACGCUAUCUUUUCUGACAAAAAUUAUCCAAAAUAUGUAAUAAUUGUAGAAUAUAUAAUUUUUUCUUUUUCUUAAUUUUUUUCUGUUUUAAUAUUUAUAACAAGUUUUCAGACUCAUUGUUAAAAUCAAAACAUUUUCACCUUAGUUAUAUUUCUCAUCUGAUUGUUAAGACUAUUAUUUUGUGUCUUGGUGAUAUUUUCUAAAACUAUUAUUCCACAAAAUAAGAGGAAAUUGUCUGGUUACAGAUUAAAAGGCUAGGACAUUGCUUGUUAAAUUCUUUGUAUUUAGAAAAAAAACAUUUUUGCACACUAGAAGUUGAUAUAGAAUAUCAAUUACUGGUUUAGACCUGAAAUGUUAUCUAAAUUAUUAAUUAGACAUUAAUUAACUUAUCUAGACCAUAAUCAACUCUGGAUGCCAUCCUAUUUACUGGAUUUGAAUCAAUUUUGUGAUGGAUGAUUUAACGUCAAAAUGGAUAAUCGAGACAUUGUUUUUAUCGUACCGACUUCAGUAGUGAUGAUUGAGACUAGGCCUAAAAUUCAAUCGCUAAUAUCUUGGUUCAGAGUAGAGCAAUUUGAGUGAAAUUUUCAGCAUAUUCUCUUUACGUUACCUAUUUUAUAAUUAUUAUAAUCUCCCAUAAUGCCCCUUUAACAUGAUUAGUUAAAUUAUGUGACCAUGUGUUUUGGAACACUAAAAUUUAAAUAUAUUCGUUCCUUUUCCAGUAGGUACAAGUUAGGUUUAUAUGUGAUUUUAACGUUUGAUUCCAUAGUCUCAGACUCCAUCUUAAGAUUAUACAGGUGACUGCAAAAUAAGUAGCCACUUAACAUUUCUUAAAAAUACAACUACAUGAAUAACAUUUAACAGUGUAAUUGCUUAUUUUAAAUUAUUCAGUAUUUAAUUUUAUGUUUCUUCAUAACUUUGUUUAACAUUAUCUCUUUAUUAUUAUUUGCAUUUUGUGUUUCUUAAUAAAUUUAUUUAAUAUAUGUAUUUAACCGAUACACUGUAAUUGCCAUUUUCACAAUAUUUAGCAUUAUUCACAUUAUCCUUAUAAUUUCACAACAAACAAAUAAUGACUUAAAAUCUUUGUCCGCCAUUUGCAUUUUUAGGAAUAUUGUCGUAAAUGUAUUCAAAUAUCAAUAGUACACAAUUUCCUGGCUUGAAUUCAGUCAGAUUAAAAAUGAGACCAAUCAUAAUAUUUAAGUGAAAAUCAUAGGUUGCUCUGGCUGAAAUUCCCUUUAGAGAUUCAAUUUUCACAUGACAAUCAGAGACUUUAUUAAUUGAUAAAUAAAUGGGAAACAGUUUUGUAAUACAACUAAAACUGUACUAAAAUUAUAAGGGUCAAUUUUGAUCUUAUGUAAUUGUCUCGACACCCAGUCAAGUUCAGUAAAAUAUAGUAAAUGUAUUAUGAACACUUGACAUUGUAGAAUUAUAUUUAAUUAUGUAAGUUAUAUACAUAAUAAUUAUGUUAAUACUUUGUCAUUUAAUGUCUGGUAUGAACAAAUUGAAUAUUUCUACAUCUAUUUAUAUGUCUGAAAUGAGGGUAAUACGGCAUGUGUUUGAAUUUAAUAUAUCAUAGUGCUGAAAAUCACUACAAUAUGCUUGUCAAAUGUACGUGUGAUUUACAUGCAUCCAAUAAUCUUAUUAAAUGUAUCAUUAUGGCUUGUCUGCAUGUGUACGUACAGUUGAAAGUUUUGGUGUAAUUUAUGAUUCUCCCGCAAAAAGUUUUGUGACAUUGGACGAGAACACAAUAUUCAGUCAUUGGUUGUAUACAAAAAUACCUUUUCUUUGCCAGAUAAUUUUAAUGGAUCCUAUUUUUAAGUUUUAAAAAAAACCCUCCAAUUAUCGCAUUUUUUUGGGAAACGAAAUUCUUGUAGCCACUGUGUAUGAUGAUGUCCCUUUUGUAUGGCAAUGUCUGUUACAACAUGUUAUUUCAUCUUAAGAGUAAGUUGUACACUUUCACAGCUAGCAGAAGUGUGAAUUAUACCGAGAAUGUGAUUACAUUACAUGUAAAUAUAAUAUAGACGUCCAAAUAUAAUAUGCCAGUUUGUAUUACUAGAAAUAAUGAAGCAUGACGAUUUUAUUUGUAAAUCUGAAGAAUAGUGUAUUUUAUUAUCUUUACAGUACAUGGUAUUACAAAAUAUGAAAACUGUUUAUGUGCAAGAACAUCCAUAUGCAUUGAUUUGUACCAUAACUAUCAAUGAUGUGAUUGAAAUUGCUAAUUGUACAACAUUCACACAAUUUCUGUGAUAGAUCCAAAUCGAUUACCGGUAACAGAGAUAUUGGAUGUAUGACACAAUACCUUGAUAUUCUGAAGAUGGUAUUUUAUGUGAACUAUAUUUUCCAUGAAUCCAUGUGGGAAAUAGUAAUUUCAUUUCAGUAAUGCCAACAAGGCAAUGAACUAUCUGAAUAUUAAUUUAUCAUAAUAGUAGACUUUUCUAUUUAUUUUGAAUCUGAAUACAAGUGUAACCCACGGGAGCAUGAUCAACCUAUGCUGUAUAAUAGAAUUCUAUUUCUUUUAACAUCUGAAAAUACAUUAAUCAACAAUUUAGAAAUAUUACAAAAAUCUUCAAACAUGUAAUUCAUUUGAAGAAAGUUAGUUUUUCACAAUGUCAAGGUAUUAUCACAUACUUUAGCUGACAUACUUGAAAAGUGAACCUGCUUGUGGCUUGAUAGGGGCAUGCAGAGCUUAUUAACCAAUUAGUCUGGACCCAAUCAGGCUAUUGACCCAACCUAUUGUUUGACUUCUUGAUAUAUUCACUAAUCUCAAGGCAUCAGAGGUAUGUCAUAAUAUCAGGAAAUUGUUAAGAUACACAUUUACAUGUACUUGGGUAUUGUAGAUAUUUAUGACUUUGUGUAUGAGCUAUUUAUAUUCCCAAAUUAUAUUUUAUUAUUCCCCAACAUACUGCUACAUGUAAUAUGUAAAAGUUUUGUUUAAAUGUAAUAUUGUGUAAUACAGAAUGUAUGCCUUGUAAAUACUGUAAUAAAUUGUCUUUGUCAAA